AUGAUGAGUGGCCAAGAGAGCGCUGCAGGUCUUGAAGUGUUGCCCUCUCCUACAUCCACUGCGGGCCCAGAUCCCCUCACAGGAGCAGUGACUACUCCAGCCAGAGACCCAGCCCAGAGAACUACCUUCAGACCACCUCAUCGAAGACUCUCAGCCUCCUCCUCUAAAGUCCAUGCAGCCUUCAAGUCUCCUCUCAGAACAUCACCCACCUCAUCCACAGACACUACCUCUGUCAGUACACCAACAGGCAACAGCUCUAGUAGUAAAAUCCCAACAGCACAGCAGUCAAUCAAGGCCACACCACCCAGCUCAGGUGUCACUGGCUCGGCGAGACAUAAGCCAUAUUCCCUCACGCCCGUUCGGUCACGCAGCACUCAAUCCAACACAGUCAGAGUGACGGCAGAGACUGAGGAGAGCCUCAGAGCUGAUAUAGCAAGACUCAAGGAGCAGAUACGAGCUAACGAGGCUGAGAUUGAGGAACUGUCUCAGGAGUACAGUGAGGACGAGCUCCAGCAGUACAUUGAGCACCUCCAUGAGUACAAUGAGAUCAAAGAUGCCGGGCAGCUCCUGCUGGGCAAACUGGCUGAAGUCCAAGGCACGACUGUUUCUGAGCUCUAUCGGCAGUUUGGUCUCAGUCUUGAUGACUAA